AUGCAGGUAUCUGUUUUUACUAUUGUUAUUCUGUGUUCUAUAUGUGAUAUCAAAUCGGUUCAAAGCAUUCAAUGUUAUGAUUGUAUUGGUGGGCUUGAUGCUCACUGUAACGAUCCGUUUGAUAGAGAAAACGCUGGAAAUAUUAGUAAAAUAUCUAUUUCAGCGAAUGAUCGAUGUGCGAAAGUUAUAGUUAAUAAAGAAUUGGCUCGAUUGGUAUUUAGUGCUGAUCUUUGUAUAGCUGGUGACAAUGGUUGUAUUACAAAAUCAAACAGCAAAGGAGAGGCAACUGUGUGUUGUUGCAACUCCGAUUUAUGCAAUGGUUCAUCGUCAAUUUUACUACGAUCAUCACUUUUUUCUGCUGAUAACGAUUCAGAAGAAAGAGAUAAGAAGAUUUCUGGCAAUGGUGAUCGAAGUAGAGAUCCUCCACCUUUUCUGGAUGAAUGUCCCAGUGAAACUGUUGGUAUAGAAUCUAUGUAUGUAUGUUUUGGUCGACGUUAUGAUGCUUGUCCGGCAUUCUUCACUGGUUCUCUUCAAGAAGCUUGUGAAGAGGCGCUCAGCUCAACGACGAUUACAGAAGAAGUCUUUCCUUCUGAAGCUCUUAGAGAUUUUGAUAUGGAGAAAUGUCCAAUGUUAAUUGGUGUUAUGCGACCAUGUGGAGAAGAAGAAGAGGAUGGAUUAUUCAUCAAUGAAUAUCAAUCGAAAACAUUACUUCAAAAUGCUACAAUAACUCUUGGAGAGUUAAAAAAUAAAUUAGUUAUUUUCAAAAAAGAAUGCGAUACGAAUGAACAGACUCAACCACGAGAUGUGCAUAAAAAGCCCCGUAUUCACUGGGAUGUAGCUCUUGAAAUAGCAAAAUAUUUGUCAUUGAACGAUGCGAUCAAUGUCUUUUCACCCAAUGUUCUUCCUUUAUUACGUAGAUUUCAAAUGAAUGUGCAACUUGUUGAGCCGUCUGAUUCAUUCAUCAAGAUGGUUCUUCAAAAAUUAAAUCCAUCACAAGCAGUUUCUGUACGAUUCAAUGCGGAAGAUCGAUUACUGAAUACCGAUUUUAACCUGUUGAAUAGGUUCGAUCAAGUAACUUCCGUCUCAUUAGUUCAUUAUCAUUCCAUACAUGAAUUCAUAUUCCAUAAAAUACUUUUCCCCAACAUCACUUCUCUUUCGCUUUGGUAUGACAACGAAAUUGCUUUUGAUGCAAUCCGUAAUAUGAUUAUUCGACUUCCGACGCAAAUCAAACGAUUUCAACUACACAGUUCAGCAGAAUUUUGUGCUCAUCGUUCUCCAAAUCAGACAAACUCAAGUAGUGAAAUAAAUCGUACACUCGAAUAUCUUCUGAUUGAUAUGACGCAUUUUCCAUUCACUACACAAAAUGAUUGUCAGCAAAAAUAUGCAUCAUGUUUAUUAAUGACAAUAAUUGAUCUUAUCAGAAAUGCUCCUUGUCUUCAUGCUAAAUGGCAUUCAAAAAAUGGAGCGAAUAUUAUCAAUAAUUUAGGCAUUCUCGACGAUGGAAUGCACGAAAUGCAUCGUUUAGUUAUUGCAAUGGAUUCUUAUGACAACCUGAUUGUUGCCUCAGAUCUUUCCAUGCGAAAAUAUUUUCUGAAUGGUACUAUUCAAACAUUAGCUUAUGGUAGUGUCGCUGAUGCAAUGUUUAUUGAUCGUUUUGACAAUAUAUAUUAUAAUACUGAUUAUACUCUUUACAAGUUAGAUCAAAAUGGAAACAUAACAAUAGUUGCUGGUCUAACACCUGGCUUUGAUCUUGAUCAAUUGUCUGAUGUAAGUGGAAUUUAUGUUGACAAGCAGGGAACAACCUAUAUUUCUGAUAAAGAUAAUCAGAGAAUAGUGAAGUAUCCGAUUAAUGCAAUAAACGGUACGAUUGUUGUUGGUAGUGAUGAUGGUAAACAACUUGACAACCCAUUAGGAAUCUUUGUCGAUGAAAAUGAUAACCGAAACCAUUUAUAUGUUUGUGAUACAAAUAACCAUAGAAUUCGACGAUUUACAUUAAAUUCUACUGAAAGUAUAACAAUUAUUGGAAAAAAUAAUCAUUCUAUGUUUGAUGAUUCAUUCUUUCCACAUAAUGUGUUUGUUGAUUCUAAUGGUGUUGUGUAUGUAGCACAUAAAAGAGGAUUAUUUAAAUGGUUACCAAUACAGAAAAGUAUACAAAUCAUUCUUGAAUGGAAACGUCCAGAAUUUUUCGACGAUUGGAUAGAACAUCCAAUAUCUUUUGCAUUUGAUUCAAACUGGAAUCUCUACGUUACAGAUAGAGAAAAUGGUUCUAUCAAAAAAUUUCUCUUUGAUAGCAAUUCAUGCAAAUAA